CACUUCCGCCCCGCCCUCUUGGCUUCCAUCUUGCUCCCCGCGUGUGUGCGCGUCCUGUGCCCGGCUGUCUGGAAUCCUUUAAACCCGCUCUGUGUUCACACAACGCCCGCUGUCCGGCAGCUGAAGAUGAAAGAAACAAUCAUGAAUCAAGAAAAACUAGCAAAAUUGCAAGCACAAGUGCGCAUCGGUGGAAAGGGAAGCGCCCGCAGAAAGAAGAAGGUUGUCCACCGAACAGCCACUGCUGAUGACAAGAAACUCCAGUUUUCCCUAAAGAAACUGGGUGUGAAUAACAUCUCUGGCAUAGAGGAGGUAAAUAUGUUUACAAACCAAGGAACUGUUAUCCACUUCAACAAUCCUAAAGUACAGGCUUCUUUGGCUGCCAACACCUUCACGAUUACAGGUCAUGCAGAGACCAAGCAGCUCACAGAGAUGUUGCCCAGUAUUCUGAACCAGCUCGGGGCUGAUAGUCUCACCAGCUUGAGGAGGCUUGCAGAGGCUUUGCCCAAACAAUCACUGGAUGGGAAAGCACCACUUGCCACCGGGGAGGAAGAGGAUGAUGAAGUUCCAGAACUCGUUGAGAACUUUGACGAAGCUUCCAAGAAUGAGUCGGUCUGAUUAACUUAAACCACUGAAGAACAUACAAUUCUGGGCAGUGCUGCUAUUUUAUAUUGUGGCUGCUUUAUCUAUUUGUUUCCUUUUUGCCUCUGUUUCUGUUUUGGCCCAAUGAGAUUAACUCUUUAACAAUAUUUUACUGGUUAUGCCAUCAUAACAAUCUUGUCGCUGCAGAAUUGGAUCUUCCAUAUUCAGGUUGUUUGAUGGCAUGCAUGGUCUUUAAUUGGUUAAAUGUUUUUGAACUUUAAAACCAUUGUAAUUAGCAGCUACCCGAUGCCUGCUUCUUUGCAGAGAAUUUGCAUAUUGCGACUCCAUUUACGUGAACAGUUCUGGAAAUAAAGGUUGAUAAAACAAA